CAAAACAAAAACUAAGCUAUUAAUCAUUUAAUCGAACUAUAUCCCCGAACCUACCAGCCGACCAGCGCCUCCAACUUCGAAAAACUACUCAAAUCCGUCACCAAUUACAUCAUCGCUUACAUCGAUUACAAUGGCAGACGCCCGAGCCCUUCUUCGCGCUCACCGCGCCGAAAACCGCAUAAAACAUCCACACGCCGCAUACUCCGACGCUGGGAAACUCCUAUGUAAGCUCUGCCACGAGCCCGUAAAAACCGAAUCCCUAUGGGAUAGCCAUAUCCGAGGGGCAAAUCACACAAAAAGACUACAAACACUCCAAAGCAACGAGCCAACACCACCAAGAAACCAAGGGAACGGCACCGGGAAGCGCAAGCACGACGAUGUGAACGAAAGCAUAUCCGACGCAGAAGGCGAGGUCGCCGAGGAUGCCAUACGCAAGAAGCGUAGCAAGCCUGAUAUGGCACCUGUGACGACCAACGGCAGCGGUGAAAAGCGCCAAUCGCCGCCAUUACUCGGACGACGAACCUCAAAUACCCCAAUACAAGGUGUCGAGAUCGCGAUACCAUCGCGGCCGGCCACACCCGCAGGGGGAUCCAAUUCCGCGACAUCGACGCCUAAGGGAACGUUUAUGGGCCGUUCACCGCUCAUCGGCUCCGAAACGACGAAUACGCCAACCUCGACAUCUACACCUACAUUAUCGAACUUACCUAUAUCCACACAAUCCCUUUCCAUCCCCGCGACCACAACUACCGCCGCCGCCACAUCCGCUCGCCCUCAGGCACCUACAGCAAAUAACGCUAUAGACGAAGCCGAAUGGGCCGCUUUCGAAGCUGAAGUCGUUAACGACACCACCACCAAUACCACUAACGGAACCAAUGGAACAUCCUACGCCGACGCCACAAUAUCCGCCCCCGCGCUCAGCGCUGCCGAGCUAGCAGCCGCGAAAUCCGCCGAAGAAGAACACGAGCGACGAACGCGAGAUAGUCUCCUCGAUGCACAAAUCGCCGACGAGCGCGAAGACGCAACGCGCGCGCUCGAAGCCGAGUUCGAAGAAAUGGAAGAACUCGAGACACGAGUGCGGCGACUCAAAGAGCGGCGCGAGGAGUUGAAAAAGGCGAGUAUGGUCAAUUUACGAGGUGCUGCGAAGGAAGGGGAAGAUAUGGUUAUGGCUAAGAGCCCGGUGAAAGGGGCGGGGAAGGAGAAUCGUGGGGAUACUAUUAAUGAAGAAGAUGAGGAAGAUGAUGAUGACGACGAUGAGGAUGAUUGGGAUGCAUUUCGAUUCCGGUGAGGGGAAAAGGGAU